GGUCGAAAAAGGGAAAUUAGUUAAAAUUGACGUUCAAUAUCAGCCCUAAGCAGAGCAUCAACGGUGUUGUACAAAAGCCAUGACACUUCAUAAUUUUUACUCAAUUGUUGAGAUUUUUUUUUCUUCAGUAUAAGCAGGAAGAAGCGUGCUGUGCAAGGCAAAUUGUUGUUUUUGAGUGAGCUGCGUCUCUAUACAACCACCCGGGGCCCCUCUUUCACCUUCUUCUUCAUCGCUUCGAUCGAAUAAUCUGCAGUUUUUUUUUUGGUUGAUCAAAUCAGUAUAUAACAGAGUGGAAGAGGCUUUUGUUUUGUUUUGUUGUUGAAUGGGAAUAUAAAAUAGGAGUGAUGAGGAAGUCUUUUAAAGAUUCACUCAAAGCACUUGAAGCUGAUAUUCAGCAUGCUAAUACUCUGGCUUCGGAUUAUCCAAAAGAAUAUGAUGGUGCUAGCCUUCAGAUGAGACUAUCGUACAGUCACUGUGCUCAUAUAUUUCUGUUUCUUGUUCAGUGGACUGACUGUCACUUUGCUGGUGCUCUAGGAUUGCUUAGGAUCCAUAUUUAUAAGGCUUAUGAGGAUGGUAACACAAGCAUGUAUAUUCAUGAGAGAAAAGCUAGUAUAAAACAGUUCUAUGGGGUGAUAUUUCCCUCUUUGUUGCAACUUCAAAGGGGAAUCACUGACAUUGAUGAUAGGAAGCAACGAGAGUUGUGUGCAACCAAAUACAGAAGAGGAGAUGAGACGAGCAAAGGUAAGCUGUCUGAAAUCGAAAUAGAGAGGGAGGAGGAAUGCGGUAUCUGCAUGGAGAUGAAUACAAAGGUUGUGUUGCCCUCCUGCAAUCACUCUUUAUGCAUGAAGUGUUAUAGAAAUUGGCGUGCCCGAUCUCAGUCAUGCCCUUUCUGUCGAGAUAGUCUAAAAAGGAUGGAUUCCGGAGAGCUUUGGAUAUACACCAACAUAUGUGACAUCAAAGACUUGUCCACAAUAACGAGGGAAAAUAUGACGACACUUCUCAUGUACAUCGAUAAAUUGCCUGCCGUCUAUCCAGAUCCAGCACUUGUCUCUGCUCAUCAGAAUUAUUGAUAUACAAUACUUAGGUUAAGUAGGUAGUACAUACCAGGCAUUCUGUUUGUAUAUAAUUUUUUUUUGAACAUUCACAUAUGUACAGUUUUCUGGCCAUUACCAGCAAAUCUUGAUAUGUUGAUUGCACCAUAUUUUUCAUUUCUUAAAGAAGCAUUUCUUACUUGUC